AUGAUUCCAGUCACUGAAUUGCGCUACUUUGCUGACACUCAGCCAGCCUACCGCAUCCUGAAGCCAUGGUGGGACGUCUUCACAGACUACAUUUCCAUAGUGAUGCUGAUGAUUGCGGUGUUCGGAGGGACGCUUCAGGUCACCCAGGACAAAAUGAUUUGUUUGCCCUGUAAAUGGGUUACCAAAGACUCUUGCAAUGACUCAGUCAGAGGUUGGACAGCUGUAACCCCAGAGCGUACCUACUAUAAUUCUAGUCUUGUUCCCUCUACUGAUACAGGGCCUACAGGGAUCCGAUAUGAUUUGGACCGGCACCAGUAUAACUAUGUGGAUGCGGUGUGCUAUGAGAACCGUCUUCACUGGUUUGCCAAGUAUUUUCCUUAUCUGGUGCUGCUACACACUCUCAUUUUCCUGGCUUGUAGCAACUUUUGGUUCAAAUUCCCAAGGACCAGCUCCAAGCUGGAGCAUUUUGUGUCUAUUUUGCUUAAGUGUUUUGACUCUCCGUGGACAACGAGAGCAUUAUCUGAGACAGUGGUGGAAGAGAGUGAUACCAAGCCAGCGUUUGGGAAAAUGAAUGGCUCCAUGGACAAGAAAUCCUCCACGGUCAGUGAGGAUGUGGAAGCCACUGUUCCCAUGCUGCAGAGAACAAAGUCUCGCAUUGAGCAAGGGAUUGUGGACCGGUCUGAGACUGGCGUCUUGGACAAAAAAGAGGGUGAACAGGCCAAAGCACUUUUUGAGAAAGUGAAAAAGUUCCGCACGCAUGUGGAAGAGGGAGAUAUAGUUUAUCGCCUGUACAUGAGACAGACCAUCAUCAAAGUGAUCAAGUUCAUUCUCAUCAUCUGCUAUACUGUAUACUAUGUCAACAACAUCACGUUUGAUGUUGACUGUAAAGUGGACAUUGAGAGCUUGACUGGCUACAGGAUGUACCGCUGUGCUCAUCCUUUGGCUACUCUCUUCAAAAUCUUGGCAUCUUUCUACAUCAGCCUGGUGAUAUUCUAUGGCUUGAUCUGCAUGUACACACUCUGGUGGAUGCUGAGGCGAUCACUCAAGAAAUACUCCUUUGAGUCUAUCCGGGAGGAGAGCAGUUACAGUGACAUUCCUGAUGUGAAAAACGACUUUGCUUUUAUGCUCCACCUGAUUGAUCAGUAUGACCCCCUGUACUCCAAGCGCUUUGCUGUCUUUCUGUCGGAGGUGAGUGAGAACAAACUGCGGCAGCUGAACCUCAACAACGAGUGGACUUUGGAGAAGCUGCGCCAGAGGAUCACCAAGAACUCCCAGGAUAAGCUGGAGCUGCAUCUCUUCAUGCUGAGUGGCAUUCCCCUCAUUGAGCUGGAGGUCUUGAAGCUGGAGCUUAUCCCUGAUGUCACUAUUCCCCCAAGCAUUGCUCAGCUCACCAGCCUUAAGGAACUGUGGCUCUACCACACAGCUGCCAAAAUUGAGGCUCCAGCCCUUGCCUUCUUGAGGGAGAAUCUGAAAUCUCUCCACAUCAAGUUCACAGACAUCAAGGAGAUUCCUCUUUGGAUUUAUAGCCUGAAGACACUGGAGGAGCUUCAUCUGACAGGGAAUUUGAGUGCCGAGAACAACCGGUACAUUGUGAUAGAUGGGUUGAGGGAGCUGAAGAGGCUGAAGGUGUUAAGGCUGAAGAGUAACCUGACCAAGCUGCCCCAGGUGGUGACGGAUGUUGGUGUGCAUCUUCAGAAGCUUUCCAUCAACAAUGAGGGCACCAAGCUCAUUGUUCUCAACAGCCUUAAGAAAAUGGUCAACUUGACGGAGCUUGAGCUGAUCCGCUGUGACUUGGAACGCAUCCCUCACUCUAUCUUUAGCCUCCACAACCUGCAGGAGAUAGACCUGAAGGACAAUAACCUAAAGACCAUUGAGGAAAUCAUCAGCUUCCAGCACUUACAUCGUCUCACUUGCCUUAAGUUGUGGUACAACCACAUUGCCUACAUCCCCAUGCAGAUAGGCAACCUAACCAAUUUAGAGCGCCUUUACCUGAAUCGUAACAAGAUAGAGAAGAUCCCUACCCAGCUCUUCUAUUGUCGAAAACUUCGGUACUUGGAUCUCAGCCACAACAACCUGACUUUCAUACCGCCAGACGUUGGACUUCUUCAAAACCUGCAGAAUCUAGCAGUGACAGCCAACAGGAUUGAGAGUCUCCCACCAGAGCUGUUCCAGUGCAGGAAGCUGAGAACCUUGAACCUGGGAAACAAUGUGCUGCAGUCACUUCCAUCCCGGGUUGGAGAGCUGACCAAUCUGUCGCAGAUAGAGCUACGAGGGAACCGCUUGGAGUGCCUGCCUGUGGAGCUGGGAGAGUGUCCUCUGCUGAAACGCAGUGGGCUUGUGGUGGAGGAGGACCUGUUCAACACGCUGCCCUUGGAAGUCAAAGAACGGCUGUGGAGGGCAGACAAAGAGCAAGCUUGAGCCCCUGAGAAAAGGCAAAAGCCUCUGACCAACUAGAAGGAAACAAAAGGCCAUUCCAGUCCCUUUUCCCCAGAUCCUUCCCUUUCUCCCCUCCGAUCACUACCAGACUAGCCAAGGAGUCCCUGAACAAACAUGACUCUGAAUGAGGCAGCUUCUUGCAUCAGCUGCAGUAUGGGGGAAGCUUGGGAUCAGAACAAGGAUCACGACAGAUCAG